AUGGCUGCCGUUCCUUUGAAGACAAGGGAACGUUGGGCGGGAAAACCGAAGCGAAAACCCGGAUGCGGUCUAGAUGAGCUCAUGGAUGUUGAAGAGAUAACCAAACUUAGUUCCAAGUUUGUACCUGGCAAAGGGAAUGUCGAACUAAUCAGGAAGGAAUGCUACAAGAGUGUUGGAGCUGACGGUGGUACACUUCAGCUGAAGUCAUUUGGGAUUGAUCUUGAGAUACCUCCUGGUGCAAUCGACAGCAAAGAGCCACAGGAAAUCUCUAUGCGAGUCCUAACCGAUACUCCUGAUCUUGGUUACACCAAAGACGAGAUGUCAGUCUGCUUUGGUGUCCAGUGCUUAGCUCCUGAUGACUUAGUCCUUAGGUUACCGGUGACUUACACAAUACCUCAUUGCGCUGUUGCAACAAGUUACUCCAAAUUAGAGGCAGUCCUAUACACAGGAGAUGGAGAAUACUCGCCACAUGCAGUUAUUAAAGAACGGAAAGUACUCUCAAGGUCUGGAAUACCCAGCUGCAACAUCAUGAAGGACGUACUCGUACUCAAGAUGGAUCAUUUUUCGUGGGCAAAGAUUAGGAUCAUGAUCAAGAAUAUCUUCUUCCGCGGAAAGAGGAUGUGCUGUUGGCCAUUUAAACAGAUGAACCUGCCCCCAGCUAAGACACCUGUUAUCUUACAUGCACACCUAUUCAACGAUGUGAAGGGAAACAAGGUUCAUUAUAUUCACCUUUUUCUUGAAGGGCAAGUCCGCCUACCAAAAAGUUGAUCUUAACAAAAUAAAGAAAAACAAAGAAGC